AUGGGUCGUCUUAUUAAGAACCACUGGGCUCGCCUUAUUGUUAUAAGUGCCGCAGUUUACCAACUUGCCGCCGCCGUAGAGGGCUUCUUCUAUCCCAAGAUCUUCUGGGACUUUUUGACAAAGUCCUUGGACCCGGCGGUCAAGCCCGUGCCAGUGUUGCAGAUUAUAAACCUGAUCAUGGCUCUGUUCAUGGUGGCUCUGGAGUGGCCUCUGGUGUUCCUCGCCGGCUCGGCAGUUCACCGCAGUCUGGAGUUUCGCCUCAUCAUUCUCCCUCUCACUUCUCUCGCCUCCGCUCUCAUCUACCAGGGCACCAACUCGGCUAUCUACUACGUUGUUGGUCUGAUCGUCUACUUCUGGGCUUACAGCGAAGGAGAGAUUAUCUGUGCUAAGCCGUGGACACUUCCUCAAAGAGGCCGCAGCGGCGGUCGCGUCUAA